CUGCGUCUGCCGCCUGCCGCCCGCCAUCUGCCACCUGCCGCCUUGGCCCCGUCAAUCCGCCUCCCGUUGCUGAAGUUGUGAGCAACUGCAUUCUCAACCUACCUAUACCUUACCUUAACUACAUACCCAACUCAGGUCCAUCGUUCGAGAACAGUACAGCACUUCCAUUUACAGUACAACUAGGUAGGUAGAACUAGCACAGGGCGUCCGUCUGCCACCCACGGGGACAACCCAAACCCAAUCCCAUCAUGCCAGUCAAUACAAGCCUGCAGGACGAAAUCGAGCUCAGUACGGGAGACAUCCACAGCGACAAGAGACUCCUGAUCUACUUUGUUGCGGGCAAUCCGGGUCUCGUGGAAUACUAUCGCCGCUUUCUGGAGCAUCUCCAGAAAUGCUUGCAAGGCCGCCAUGAAGAAGUUACCAUCUAUGCUGCGAGCCACGAUGGCUUCGAGUUCCACGCUCCCAUGAACAGGAUCAACGAGGGUAGUCCGCCCUUCUCCCUCGAACAAGAAGUCCAUUGUGUUCGCACGAGACUCUCGUUGAAAGCUCGACAAUUGGCACAGAAUGACCCCCGACCCAUUCAUGUCAUCCUCGUCGGUCAUUCCGUCGGAUCAUACAUGUCGCUCGAGACGAUCGAGUGGUGGCAACAUCAGCCUACCGAACAAUCUCUCUACACGAUACAAGGUGGAAUCUGCCUCUUCCCAACUGUCGUCGACAUCGUGAAAAGUGACAAAGGAACCGCACUGCGCCCUCUUCUAACCUUUCCCUUCACCGGACAUGUGCUUUCUGGCUUAGCGACAUGUUGCAAUUGGACCGGACUUCUCGAUCACUUGACGAGCUGGCUGACUCCGGGUCCUGAUGGUGCAGCGGUGACGGCUGCUCUUGCGAGAAGCGAUCAUGGCGUGAGACAGGUCAUUCAUAUGGCGAAAGAUGAACUCGCCACCAUCAAGGAGGACAAAUGGCAUGCUGAAGACUUCUGGGGCGUGGUCCACGAUUCCACGGGCGGCGAAGCGAACGCCGCCAUGUUCAAAGAUGAGCGCGAAGCAUCGAGCAGUAUUGCUACCGCUUCCGGGAAACCGAGGACGAAGCUCUACUUGCUCUUUGGCAAGGACGACUACUGGGUGAAUAACACGAGUCGAGACGAUUUGAUCAGCACGCGCAGUGGGAGGCAUACCACCAUGGAAGUUCUCCACAACAAGCCGGAGAUUCCGCACACCUUCUCCCUCCAUCCAGACCAUUCAGACCAUGUAGCCGAGAAGUCCGCGGCGUGGAUCGAGGCAUUGGAGCUGUGAUACCGAGAUCAGUAUUCCCA